GAGUAGAGUCUUCCAAGCUGAGAGCGCUCACUGAAGCAGGUGCUGGGUUACAUAGCUGUUCCAAAUCUGCUGGAUUCUAUGGAGCAGCAAGCCAGGCUGUUUCCUAUUUUUGCAACACCUUGAUUCCCCGAAGCUCAGUAAACUGCAACAGCCAAGCUCCCAUAUAUGAAGAUGGUUCACCACUCGGGCUCUAUACAGUCCUUUAAGCAGCAGAAAGGCAUGAACACUAGCAAGAGCGAGACUGUCAAAGAGCCCCCAUUGAAGCCGUCCCGGAGAUCCUUGCCAUGCCUUGCUCAGAGCCAAACGCACCCGCACAGCCUCAGCAAGCAUUCCUCGUUCCUGCAGCCAAAUCGUGUGCAGCCUCAACCUCAGCUAGGGAGUGCAGGGACAUCAACCGCUACCGUCGAUGUAGUGUCAGAACGAGCUAAAGUGAUGGAAACCUUGGAAAACAAUUUGCUCAAAUUAUCUAAUACAGAAUACAGCGAUCCGUUCUUAGACAUAGGAAGAGAAAAAGACACAUAUACAGAUGAUUCAGAACAUGGGAAUUACGAUUCUCGUACAGAUCAGUCUCUGCUUAUUAAAAAUACGCCUACGAGACAGAAACCAGAGACUCGGACUAAGUCAUCAUUGAAGAAUGACAUGAGCGCCCUAGCAACAUCAGGUCUCUUCUUCAAGGAUGGCAAAAAACGUAUUGAUUACAUUUUAGUCUAUAAAAAGUCCAGUCUACAAAUAGAGAAACGGAGCACUUUUGAAAAGAACCUUCGGGCAGAAGGACUGAUGUUAGAAAGAGAGCCAGCUGUUACAAACCAUGAUAUUAUGUUUGUUAAAAUUCAUUGUCCUUGGGAUACAUUGUGCAAAUACGCUGAAAGAAUGAACAUCAGGAUGCCUUUCCGGAAAAAAUGUUAUUACACUGACUGGAGGAGCAAAACCAUGGGCAGUUUGCAGAGGAAUAUGAGGGAACUGAAGAGCUGGUUGCCCAGAAAUCCAAUGAAACUUGACAAAGAAGCACUUCCUGACCUGGAAGAAACAGAUUGCUAUACGGCGCCCUUCAGUCGCGCACGCAUACAUCAUUUUACAAUAAACAACAAAGACAGUUUCUUCAGCAACUCCACGAGAAGCAGAAUAGUACACCAUAUGCUGCAGAGAACGAAGUAUGAAGAUGGGAAAUCAAAAAUGGGCAUUAACAGAUUACUCAGCAACGGAACUUACGAAGCUGCAUUUCCACCUCAUGAGGGAAGUCACAAGAAGCAUCCCAUCAAAACUCACGGAGCCCAGAAUCAUCGACAUCUGUUAUAUGAGCGCUGGGCACGGUGGGGAAUGUGGUAUAAGUACCAGCUGGAUUUGAUCAGGCGGUAUUUUGGAGAGAAAAUUGGCCUUUAUUUCGCUUGGCUGGGAUGGUAUACUGGGAUGCUCAUUCCUGCUGCACUUGUUGGGCUGUUUGUUUUCCUUUAUGGAUUUACCAUGGAUUCCAGCCAAGUAAGCAGAGAGAUCUGCGAGGCAAAUGAAACUGUCAUGUGUCCAAUGUGUGAGAAGAAUUGCACCCUGCAAAAACUCAAUGAAAGCUGCAUCUACGCAAAGGUUACACACUUAUUUGAUAAUGGAGGGACUGUCUUCUUCGCCAUUUUUAUGGCUAUAUGGGUAAGUGUUUUUAUUGAAUUUUGGAAGAGGCGACGGGCUGUGCUAACCUAUGACUGGGAUCUUAUAGACUGGGAAGAUGAAGAGGAAGAGCUUCGCCCCCAAUUUGAAGCAAAAUAUUCUCAAGUGGAACGAGUAAAUCCUAUAACAGGGAAGCCUGAACCUUUCCAACCCUUCCCUGAUAAACUUAGUCGACUGAUGGUGUCUGUGUCAGGAAUAUUCUUCAUGAUUUCGUUAGUCCUCACUGCAGUUGCAGUUGUAGUCUAUCGCCUUGUGGCUAUGGAGCAGUUUGCCUCUUUCCAGUGGUAUUUCAUUAAGAAGUAUUGGCAGUUUGCGACAUCAGGCACGGGAGUCUGCAUCAUUAUGAUCAUCAUGUCUCUUAAUGUUGUAUAUGAAAAAGUUGCCUAUCUCUUAACAGAUUUAGAACAUCCUAGAACAGACUCAGAAUGGGAAAAUAGUUUUGCCUUGAAAAUGUUCCUCUUCCAGUUUGUCAACUUAAACAGCUCCAUUUUCUACAUUGCCUUUUUCCUUGGAAGGUUUGCCGGGCGUCCUGGAAAGUAUAACAAACUUUUUAACAGAUGGAGACUGGAAGAAUGUCAUCCCAGUGGCUGUUUGAUAGACCUCUGCCUGCAGAUGGGUGUCAUCAUGGUUUUAAAACAAAUGUGGAACAACUUCAUGGAACUUGGCUAUCCGUUAUUGCAAAAUUGGUGGGCACGACGCAAGAUCAAGAAAGGAGGGCAGUUACUGGAGCAUAUUUCUCUACCUCAGUGGGAGAAAGAUUGGAAUCUACAGCCCAUGAAUCUCCACGGUCUGAUGGAUGAAUACUUAGAGAUGGUUCUACAGUUCGGCUUCACCACAAUCUUUGUUGCCGCUUUCCCCCUGGCACCUCUUCUGGCCUUGCUCAACAAUAUCAUAGAAAUCCGGCUUGAUGCAUAUAAAUUUGUCACGCAGUGGAGGCGACCUAUGCCUGCAAGAGCAACUGAUAUAGGGAUCUGGUAUGGAAUCCUUGAAGGAAUUGGAGUCCUAGCCGUCAUCACCAACGCUUUUGUUAUUGCCAUUACAUCUGACUAUAUCCCACGCUUUGUUUACGCAUACAAGUACGGCCCCUGUGUUGAUCAAGGAUACAGACAGGAAAAAUGUUUGAGGGGAUACGUCAACAGUAGCUUAUCAAUAUUUGAUCUGAGCGAGCUUGGAAUGGGAUACUCAGGAUACUGUAGGUACAGAGAUUACAGAGCGCCCCCAUGGAGUUCAACACCCUAUGAGUUCACCUUGCAGUUCUGGCAUGUUCUUGCUGCUCGACUGGCUUUCAUUAUAGUGUUUGAGCACCUUGUUUUUGGAAUUAAAUCUUUCAUUGCCUACCUAAUCCCAGACAUGCCCAAAGACUUGUGUGACAAAAUGAGAAGGGAAUACUUGGUUCAGGAAAUGAUGUAUGAGGCCGAACUGGAGCAUUUGCAGAGAGAGCGGAAAAAGAACGGCAAACAGUAUCACCACGAAUGGCCUUAGUUAAUACGGAAGGAGAGUCACAUCGCCAGGACUGAAAACCCCCAGGGCGAGCUGUAGAAGAUGGGAAGGCUUGGGAACGAGGCAAAGGAAUCCAUCUGCAUGCAUAUCUUGCUGUUGGGAAAGAAUAUUAUCAAGCUUUUCUGUGAACUAGGCAGUGGGUGGGUGGGGGUUGUGUUACCAACAGUCAAGACAAACAGCUACUUCCCCUUAAU